AUGGCUUCUCAGAAUCCACAAACUCCAACAACCAGCACAGACGAGCGGAAGCCGGCCAAAUGUCACGGCUUGAUGCUGGCGCCGUACAUCUACGACACCGAUUCCGUCCAGGAACAUCUCCUGUGCAGAGCUGAAGCCAGUAACACUGCACCAGAAUCAGCGGGAAACAUGUCCGAGAUUGUGGGACAGGAAAGCCAUGGCGAACUUCAGGUUCAAGAUCUGGAUGCUAUGAUGAAGGAACCCUCUUCCCUGAAAAGUCGACUUUGA